AUGUUGGCAUUGCAGUCUGAGGAGAAUCUUGGCAUGGUGAUGAUCUUCACCGUAGUGACAGCUGCGCAAGAAAAAUUAAAUGAAAUUGUAGACCAGAUAAAAACUAGAAGAGAGGAAGAAAAAAAAAAAAACACUAAAGAAAAAGAAGCAGAAAGGAAAUUAUUCCAUGGUACUCCUGUUACAAUUGAAAAUUUCUUAAGUUGGAAGACCAAAUUUGAUACAGAACUCCUAGAAAUUAAAAAGAAAUGGAUGAAAGAAGAGGAACAAGCAGGCAAAAAUAAAUUAAGUGGAAAACAGCUGUUUGAAACAGAUCAUAAUCUUGACACAUCUGACAUCCAAUUCUUGGAGGAUGCUGGAAACAACGUGGAAGUGGAUGAGUCUUUGUUCCAGGAGAUGGAUGACUUGGCACUGGAGGACAACGGGGAUGACCCAGACUACCAUCCUGCUGACCCAGGGAGCAACUCUGACUAA